GACCCCUUCUCAUGUAAUGGGGUAGGGCCAUCCCAAGGAUCCCAGAAUGCACGGAAGGUGUUAGUUGGGGAACAGGAAGUUCCGGACAGAAGCACACCAUUCUUCAGAAUAAAGAAAGCGCCAAAACGGUGCAGUCAAGAAGAUAACCUUUGUGUCCGUUUAUAUUUAUUACUACAGGCCGACUAGAAUUAAGUCAGUCCGGUAACAUCAACAGUGAAGACAAACCCAGCCUGCCUCUCUCCUUCCACACUGAGUCCAAACCUACAGUCACUGGGUCCUGAUUGUGACAGUGGAGCCCAGUUUGCACUGCAGGAUCCAGAGAUGGCAUCAGUGAAGCUGGAAGACUGCAGUCAAACACUGGAGCUGAAUGUCAACAUUAAAGAUGAAGAAGAGGAGGAGAACAUUGGGAAAUCUGUUUCUCAUGGUAUGAGGCCGGUAACAUCAACAGUGAGGACAAACCCAGCCUGCCUCUCUCCUUCCACACUGAGUCCAAACCUACAGUCACUGGGUCCUGAUAAUGACAGUGGAGGCCAGUUUUUACAGCAUGAUCCAGAGAUGGCAUCAGUGAAGCUGGAAGACUGCAGUCAAACACUGAAGCUGAAUGUCAACAUUAAAGAUGAAGAAGAGGAGGAGAAGAUUGGGAAAUCUGUUAGUCAUGAACGACUAGAAUUAAGUCUGAAGCCGGUAACAUCAACAUUGAGGACAAACCCAGCCUGCCUCUCUCCUUCCACACUGAGUCCAAACCUACAGUCACUGGGUCUUGAUUGUGACAUUGGAGCCCAGUUUGCACUGCAGGAUCCAGAGAUGGCAUCAGUGAAGCUGGAAGACUGCAGUCGAACACUGGAGCUGAAUGUCUACAUUAAAGAUGAAGAAGUGGAGGAGAAGAUUGGGAAAUAUCUUACUCAUGGUAAGAGCAGGUUCUGUCUAACUAAGUUUGUUGUUCAUUCCAACUUCCCACUGUGCAGGAAAAGUUGCUGUAUAACUGUUUCAUGAUGAACUGUUACAAUGAGAAGGUAGAUGUUAUUUAAUUCUACUGAUACACUGGGCUAUCUGGAGUGAUCAGAGAGUAGACUAAAGAAAUGAAGUAGACAAACUGCCAGUGUUUUAAAGUUCUAUGAUAAGUGUCUGUGUAGUUUCUAACCCUUGUGAUAGUGAGUGGAGGACUCUUACCCACUUUUAUGUUGUUAUGUAGUUUAAUUCCCCUUUUGUAUUGUACAGCCUACUGAUAUGAAUACAUAU